UUGACCCAUUUUGGGGCUAGAGAACAUCAAGUAUAGGAGUAUAUGAAUGGUGUGAUUAAGAUUGGGUAAUGAACUUAUGCCUGGAUAGAUCCUUCAAUGAUUUAUUUUGUGUGGAUGCUAUUUGGGAGGACAUGGCAGGCAUGCUUAAUAAAUGGUCAAAGAAAGAUCAGAAGAGCUCGAGAGGGGACCGAUCUAUUCACCGACGACCAGCACUUGAACAGAAGAUGAGGGUGGGUAUGGUGCAAGUGGUACCACAAAGAAGGCAGCAGGGGCAAGUUCUGUUGAACUUAGCAGUGAAAUGGUCCCUUUUGUUGGUAGCAUAUGCUGUUGUGAUCUGCGGGAGGCUCAGCGGUCAGCAUUGUUGCAGCGCAAUCAGCUGCCCCAUGUGGAUGGACCAUCUCCAAUUCAUUUGUGCUCAAGAUGCUUUCAGACUUUGCUUGUCAACUUUAUUAUUAAAUGCCAAAACGUGGGAAGUACCUUUGAUGCCUUUUUAAAAAAAAAAAAAAAAUUAUUUUUGUACAUACAAA